UUCAGAUUGGAGGAUUGUGACUAGUGGUGUCCCACAAGGAUCUGUUCUGGGACCUCUACUUUUCGUGAUUUUUAUUAACGACCUGAAUGUAGGGGUAGAAGGGUGGGUUGGCAAGUUUGCAGAUGACACAAAGGUUGGUGGUGUUGUAGACAGUGUAGAGGAUUGUCGAAGAUUGCAGAGGGACAUUGAUAGGAUGCAGAAGUGGGCUGAGAAGUGGCAGAUGGAGUACAACCCGGAGAAGUGUGAGGUGGUACACUUUGGAAGGACAAACUCCAAGGCAGAGUACAAAGUAAAUGGCAGGAUUCUUGGUAGUGUGGAGGAGCAGAGGGAUCUCGGGGUACAUGUCUACAGAUCACUGAACGUUGCCUCACAGGUGGAUAGGGUAGUUAAGAAAGCUUAUGGGGUGUUAGCUUUCAUAAGUCGAGGGACAGAGUUUAAGAGUCGCAAUGUAAUGAUGCAGCUCUAUAAAACUCUGGUUAGGCCACACUUGGAGUACUGUGUCCAGUUUUGGUCACCUCACUAUAGGAAGGAUGUGGAAUUAGAUAAAAUUUCUAAGCAAGUUAAAGAGUUAGAUAACAUCAAUGCAAUUUCUCCAAACGUUGAUUUGUAUAAAAGAAAAGUGGAAUUACAAUCACAAUAUUAUUUAUUAUUAACUUAUCCUAUUGAAGGAUAUUUGCUUAAAUUAAAAAGUCAGUUUUAUAUAUUUGGGGAUAAAAAUAAUAGGCUCUUAGCUUCCCAAUUAAGGGCAGCGAGAGCUAAAAGACAAAUUUUAAAGAUUCAUAAUGAUAAUGGAGAUAUAGUAAGUAAUCAUGAAGACAUUAAUAAUAUAUUUCAGGACUUUUAUUCCGAGCUUUAUAAAUCUCAAUUUCCUGCAGACUCCUCCAAAAUGAAGGUUUUUUUUUACAUAAGAUUAAAUUUCCUCAAAUUACUGUCGAAGAUCAAUAGAUCCUUGAUGGUCCAACUACUGAGCAUGAAAUUCAGAAAGCUGUGUUGUCAGUGCAAUCAGGUAAAGCUCCUGGACUUGAUGGUUAUUUGGUAGGAUUUUACAAAAAAUUUGAAAAAUUACUUUUUCCUCUAUCUUUUGGAAAAUAUUUCAUGAAUCUUUUGAGAAGGGUAAUUUACCUCCUUUUUAUGAAGCUUCUGUUUCCUCAAUCCUUAAGAAAGAUAAAGAUCCCACUGAAUGCUCAUCACAUAGACAUAUUUCGCUAUUAAAUGUGGAUGCAAAAAUUCUUUCUAAGAUAAUGGCUAACCAUUUGGAAACUAUUUUAACUAAAAUCAUCUCUACGGAUCAAACAUGUUUUAUUAAAGGCCGGUACUCUUUCUCCAAUGUUUGGAGAUUGAUGAACAUUAUAUACUCAUCACUAUCCAAGAUACCCCAAUGUCUUAUUACUCUUGAUGCAGAAAAGGCAUUUGAUGGAGUUGAAUGGACAUAUUUGUUUAAUGUAUUAGGAAAAUUUGGCUUUGGUAAUAAUUUUAAUACGUGGAUUCAAAUGAUCUAUAAGAAUCCUAUUUCUACCGUUAUUACUAAUAAUUUCAGGUCUCCUUUUUUCACUCCCACGAGGAACUAGACAGGGAUGUCCAUUAAGUCCUUUAUUAUUUAAUCUUGUACUGGAGUCUUUGGCUAUAACACUCCCUGAAACUAAAAAUAUUCAUGGUAUCUCAAUAAAUGGGACCACACAUAAGAUUUCUCUUUACGCAGAUGAUCUUUUGGUGUAUAUUUCGAAUCCUGAAGAAUCUAUUCCUAAUCUUUUGGAAACAUCAAAUGAUUUUGGAAAAUUUUCUGGCUAUAAACUCAACUUAAAUAAAACUGAAUUGUUUCCAUUAAAUGCUCCUGUUUUUAUAUAUAACGAAAUUCCAUUUAGAAUUGUGAAUUCUUUUAAAUAUUUAGCUAUUAUCAUUACUAAAAAAAAUAAAGAUCUUUAUAAAGCUAAUGUAGUUCCUUUAAUGGAUUCUAUGAAACAAUUAUUUUCUAGAUGAAACCACUUACACUUUCUUUAAUAGGUCAUAUUCAUGCCGUGAAAAUGAUGAUUUUACCUAGAUUUUAAAAUAAUUUUCAAAAUAUACCUAUCCUUUUAACUAAUUUUUUUUGAUCAAAUUGAUACUAUUAUUUCGUCCUUUAAUUGGAAUAAUCAAAACCCAAGCAUUAAUAAGUAUCAUUUACAAAAAUCUAAAAAAAGAUGGUGGACUUGCACUACCUAAUUUAAGAUUGUAUUAUUGGGCUGUUAAUAUUUGACAAUUAUGCUUUUGGGUAUAUUGGCUCGAUAGGAGCCAAAAACCAGCUUGAAUUGAUUUGGAAUUAAAAGCUAUCAAACAAUUUUAUUUAACCUCAUUAUUAGGAGCUCCAUUACCUUUACAAAUUGCUAAAAUUCCAGAUUUAAAUCUCUACCCUGUUAUUAAACAGUCCUUACAGAUUUGGUUUCAGUUUCUCAUGUGACGAAUACACAUAGAUAAGAUGUUAGCUGUCCUGUGUGAACAGCAGUUGGUCUGCCACCUGUCUUCAAGAGAGAGAUAAGGGACACAAUGAAACAGCACCUGGAGAUGUAUAGAGAGCUGUCUAGAGCGGCUCCCCCUUUGAACCCUGAACUGUUUGAAGUGAUGGACAGGUGAUACCCCAGCAGGGGGAUAAAAAGGGACAGGUUCGCUAAGGCAGGACACACACAACACCCGAGGUAACGAGACCCUGGAAGUGGUGCGCCUCUCACGAGUCGGUGGGAAGUAUCGGACCUUAAACGCACAGGGUGGAAAGGUACGAUCAGCGGGAACCCGGUGUGUGUCCACCCUCGCUUGGGUGCCGGGUUCACUGCAGAGGAUCGACCGCAUCUGGAGGAGGGGUCACAGUCGGUGACCUCAGGUGAUAUCACCAAGGACCUGCCCAAAAGCUGCUUGUAAGCCAUAUCGCCGGUCUAUGAGUGAAGCCGUGUCUGAAUGAUCAGUCGUUCCCGUUCUCUCUCUCUCUCCCCCCACGUUGUCCAUCGCCAUGGCAAUGAUUGCUGCGAACUGAACUAAAUUGGACUGAACUUUUGUGUCACUUUGAAAUUUGGUCAUUUACCCCUAGACAACGAUAGAGUUUGAUUGAUGCUGUUAUCUUAAUUCUGUGCACAUGUGUGUUUAUCAUUGCUGAACUGUUGCAUUUAUUAUCCUUUCGAUUACUAUGUUGCUUGUUCCUUUAAUAAAACUUUCCUAGUUCUAGUAAUCCAGACUCCAACUGAGUGAUCCAUUUCUGCUGGUUUGGCAACCCAGUUACGGGGUACGUAACACUCAACUCUUUUAAUUUGAAACAAUUUAAAUUGUCUAGUUCUUUAUAUUGAAAUUUUCUAUUUAAACCAUCAAUAACCAAUCCCAUUUUUCUCUUAUGGAGAAAUAAGGGGAUCUGUUUUUUUUGUAGAUUUAUUUUGCGGUGGUCGAUUGAUGACUUUUGAAGAGUUAAUCAGCAAAUAUUCUCUCUCUCAGACACACUUGUUACAAUAUUUUCAGAAAGUCACUGAACUGACAGAGAAGAGAAACCGGGCAGAGAGUUCUGCACUCUUCCUCAGUUUGGUGAUGGGGAAAGGCUCGCGGACCCGGAGGGCGAUGUGGGAAUCCUUUCUGCAAAUGAGGACUGAGUUACCGGAGUUGGACAAAAUACUGAAGGAAAUACAGGUGCUCGGCCCUGAUCCACAGGAAUACAUGAACUUCGCCCAAGGGUUAUCUGAGUUUCCCACUAAACUGAAAGAUGUUCAACGGAAACAUAGAGAGAUUCUGCGGGCACAAAAUGAAAUAUUGAGAGUUAACACGAUCCUGACGAGGAAGAAGUUGAAGAUUUUCCAGCUGGUUGAUCGAUACGCUGAGCUCACGGUCAUUUCUCCUGUUCGAGAUCGGAGACUGGUGGACAUUGAGUUGUUGGCAAGAGGCGGAGACCACGAGGAAUGGAGAGGGGGACAUCUCCGCAGAGAGUUAGAGAAAAUACGGGCUGAUCAGUUAUUCCAGAGCAGCUUUUCCCGGAGUAAAUCGCAAUCUGGGAGUUCGGCAGCAGUGGCCGGAGUCGCAGGAAUCGGGAAAACAACAAUGGUACAAAAAAUUGUUUAUGACUGGGCCAAGGGGAAAAUAUACCAGCAAUUCCAAUUUGUCUUCAGUUUCAAAUUCCGUGAUUUAAACUCCAUUAACUGUAGAAUAAACCUGAGGGAACUGAUUCUGGAUCAGUAUCCUUACUUUGGGAAAAUCCUGAGAGAGGUCUGGAAAAAUCCAGAAGGACUGCUGUUUAUAUUUGAUGGUUUGGAUGAAUUCAAACACAGGACCGAUUUUGCCGACAGUCGAAGAUACACAGAACGUCAGCACCAAUGUCCAGAUCCCGAAUCGUACUGUGAAGUGUCCGACAUUGUGUACAGUUUAAUCCAGCACAAGCUGCUCCCAGGGUGUUCAGUGCUGCUGACCACCCGUCCCAGUGCGUUACAUUUAUUGGAAAAGGCGGAGAUCGGUAUCUGGGCUGAAAUCACGGGAUUUGUUGGUGAGGAAAGGAACAGAUAUUUCAUGCGGCAUUUGGAAGAUCAGAGGGUGGCAUCAGCUGCUUUCAAACACGUGGAGGAGAACGAGAUCCUGUACACCAUGAGCUACAACCCCUCCUGCUGUGGUAUCCUAGCUCUGGCACUGGGUCCCUUCUUCACACGAAGAGUCAUAGACAAGCAUCGAAUUCCCAAGACCUUCACCCAGCUAUAUUCCUACUAUAUUUACAACAUCCUGAAAAAGUACAUUGGUGAGAUUCAAAAACCCUGCGAUGUGUUACUCAGGGUUGGUCAGAUGGCCUUCACAGCAGUGUCUAAGAGGAAGACUGUGUUUAGAGAUGGAGAUUUGAUCACCAAUAAUCUGCUGCCUUCCCAAUUCCUCUCAGGAUUCCUCAUGGAGCUUUUUGAGAGAGAGGAUUCUGCCGGGAGCACGGUGUACACAUUCCCACAUAUCGGCAUCCAAGAGUUUAUGGCUGCACUCGCACAGUUCCUGAAUCCAUAUCCCGGGGAUAUUCUGAAAUUCCUCACGAAAGCCCACAGCACUACAGAUGGGCGAUUUGAGGUAUUUCUCCGUUUUGUUGCUGGUCUCUCCUCCCCAAUGACAACUCGAGGCCUGGUGGAGUUUCUGGGUGGAUUUCCUCAUCAAACAACUUGCCGGGUGAUUGCCUGGAUGAAGGAGGAGGUGAAACGCCAGAGUGGAAGCACUGGGAGUGAAACUGGCGAAAGAAGCCGGCCGAACACGUUGCACUAUCUGUUUGAGUGUCAGCAUCCUGGACUGGCUCAGGCCACACUGGGAUCUGAGCAAAGGUUUUCUCUCAGUGGAAUGCGGCUAACCCUGAUUGACUGCACGGUCUUGUCUCAUCUUAUUGGUAUGUGUGAUACAGUAAAACACCUGGACCUCACUCGCUGCCGCAUUCAGCGUGAAGGAAUCCAGCGUCUGGGACCCAGGCUGCACAAGUGUCAGAUACUGAGACUUGGGGAGAAUACACUGAGAGAUCCAGGAGUGAAACUGUUGUCUACGGCUUUGAGGAACCCGGAGUGUAAAAUACAAAAAUUGUGGCUCUACAAUGUCGGUCUCAGAGAUUCCGGUGCCGAAGAACUCGUCUCCGCUCUCAGUACAAUCCCAUCACUGAAUGGGAUGAACUUGAGUUUCAACAGGCUCACAGACCGAUCUGUCCCCGCUCUCCGAAGUCUCAUACUGACGCUCCCGAGACUGGAAUGGAUCGGGCUUUGGAGAAAUCAGUUCAGUGAGACAGGGAAGAAGGAACUGAUGUCUCUGCAGGAUCCCAGACCCGGACUGAGAGUGACCACGUGAAAAACCAAAUGUGUCAAAAUCACCGCCCGCAGGAUGGGGACAUUUUGGCUGAUCUCAUACUCCCCCAGCCCUUUAACGACCAUCUAUUCGUUUAAUGACGACCCUCCAGUUUUAAUUUCCUCAAUCUCGUCUCUUGGUUUUAACUGGAGGUGGGUGAGGAUGUGCUGGACAAUUACACAAACAGGAAGAGCUUGGGUCGAUGCACCAGGGCACCGGGCUGGAAAUAUCCUGGAGGGAAUUACUUUGCUCACUUUGGUGAGGACAGUAUAUUCUGUAGUCUUUUACAUUGACAAGUACCUCGGGUGAGACCCUGGAUCUGCAGUGUCCUCGGAGACUGCACUCAAGCUGAAACUUCCUGUCUUGAUGUUGAACCUGAAUCUGAUUAGAGGAGAAACAAUGACUAAAGUUACUGCUGACCUGUGCACCCCGUGUAAUGCAGCGGUGCUCCAGAGAUCCUUACACUGGCGUAGCAGCGUCUCUUCCAGACUGAGGGUCUCUUCCCCCUCAACACCCACGCUCUUUCGUGCCGCUUCCUCGCUCGACCAACACCCCUUCUGCGUUCUGUCCUUGCUCGAACCUCUGUGUUCCACUCGUUCCCAUUCCCACCUCUACUACCUCCCACAACUCAUCCCCUCCCCCUCUCAUGCUCUCCUCGUUCCGGCAGCCGUGCGCACUUCUCGCUUACCGCUCCGGGUUUGUCCCAUUCUAGCAGACGAGUGGACCCCUGCCCUCCUUGCCUUCGCCCGCAGCUCUCUCCUCGCUCCUCCGAGCGCUGUAUUGUUCCCGGUCCCCUCGCACUGUCCUUGCACCAGUCCCUGCCAUGUAAUCUCCACCGACAUUCUCCGACUUCUCUCCUCCCCCCACUACUCGCUCCAGGCCUGAACCCAUCCCGAUCCUUCAUUUACCUUGCUCCACUGAUCUCAGUGUGGUUUACGAUCUUUUCCCAGUCCCUCACCUCCACCACCCGGCUCGCGUCGCUUCUCCUUGUAAGUACACGCACUUCAUCCCAAGACACUAUAAUUUCUGACAUUGCACUAUAUUUGUCCGCAAUGGAAACUGACGGAAAUGCAUUUAAUAUAAUCACGUAUUUCUUUAAUUCCUCCUCCCCAACCACCGACAAUCCAAACACCAGCGUCAUUUUAUCCGCGGUGCAAUAGCCGCUCCCGCCUCCCUUUGCUCUUUAUAUGUCAGAAAAUAGUUUGCAUAUUAUCUUUUAUAUUGCUCGCUAGGUUUCCUUCAUAUUUCAUCAUUUCUCACGGAAUGACUUUUUAAAAUUAUCUUCCAUUGGUGUUUAAAACUUUCGAUUCCUCGAACCUCCCAUGAAGUUUUGCCCUAUCUUCUGUUUUUAUAUUGUCCGGGAUCUCCCUUGUCAUUCCUAAUUGCCUAAUACUCCCUUUUGAAUAAGACUACAUCUUUGCGAUAUAUCUGAGCUGUACCCUCUGAAAUGCUCCAGAGAACCCUAGCUACUGCUGUUCCACCGUUAUUACGACAUGUGUCUCUUCCCAAUUAACGUCGACAGUUCAUCUAUCAUACAUCUGUAAUUCACUUCGUUCUGCAUCACCGAUACAUUGGAAUUUAUUAUGUCCCUCCCAAAAUAAAGGAUGCAU